AUGGGAACCUUCCGGCGGGAUUUGCAUAUCCCCAAUGGAACAUUGUACAUCUACGACUACACCACCCCACCGAGCUCCCCGACAACCAGUAGUAGUAGUAAACUGCAGUCCAUCACAUUGAGCAACUUCGAUUCCGCUGAGUCAUUCCACCCCCUAGGCGUCGAAUACGACGAGAAAACCUCUACUCUCUACGUAGUCAACCACGCUUUUUCCGGCGCAUGCAUCGAAAUCUUCAGUCUAGAUCUCGCCACCGCGGCAGCAACGCACAGGCAAACCAUCAAGCACCCCCUCCUGCACGCGCCAAACUCGAUCCACUCCCUUGGAGAAGGGAAACUGUACGUCACGAAUGACCAUCACUUCCAUGCGUCUGUCUACCCUAUUCUGUCCAAAAUUGAAACCUUCUCCGGGGCGCCGGGAGGGACGGUCAUGUACGUGGAUACCCGGGAUGUCAACAACACGGUCAAAAUCGUGGCCCGUGUACCCUUCGCCAACGGGAUUGUUAUGCUAAACAGCUCUACUCUCGCCGUCAGCUCGACUUCGAAACCCGGGGUUUACUUCUUCGAUGUAAGCGCCUCGGACUAUUCUCUUCACCUCCGCAAUGUGGUCUCCGCCCCGGCUAGUGUCGAUAACCUUAAUGUUGAUUCCAAUGGUGCGUUGUUGCUUGCGGGCCACCCGGAUCCGUUCCGCAUCACACAGCUUAGCAAGAAGCGCUGGGCCUGUGUGCGCGGGAGUCAGGAUGAGAAGGAGCGCGAGGCGUGCGGGUGUGAAGCCCCGAGCUGGGUGGGCGAGUGGACCCAAGAGCAGGGGUUGACGACUCUGUCUUUGACUGAAGGGUUUUGCAGUAGUACAACCUUUGCCAGGGACGUGGGUAGGGGGGUUGGGAUAGUGUCGGGGUUGUAUGCUGACGGGCUUUUGGAGGUUAGAAGCUGA